UGGAGGACUAUUCAAAACAAUAAUAUUGCAUGUUUUAGGAAAGACAGAAAAGUAUAAAACUAUUGAUAAAUCGAAAUACAAAGCAAUCACAACAUUAGCUCAUGAGGGGUUUCCUUUUGUAAUUUCCAAAUCAUCUUGAACAAUUAAAUGAUGAAGAAACAAGCUUCGUGUUCUAGUUCAUCAUAUGUACAAACACUAGUAUUACUAUUUGCUUCAAUUCUUCUCAUUUCUCAUCAAAAUUGUCUUGCUAAGCAUCACCAACCAUGCCCAACGUCAUCAUGCGGCAAAAUCACCAACAUAACAUACCCAUUUCGUCUCAAAACUGAUCCAAACCACUGUGGGGACAAAAGGUAUGAAUUAGAUUGCAACGAAAAUGGUCCAUCAUUAACCAUGUUCUCCGGGAAAUACUAUGUACAACACAUAGAUUACAAGAGGUUUAUAAUUCGAUUAAGUGACGCGGGUGCAGUGGAAGAUGCUAAUUGCUCUUUCAUCCCGCGGUACUUUUUAUAUCCUCAAAGUUUCAGUAAUUCCCUUUCCUUCAACAAAGCAGAUUUUGUGUUUGAGCCGUACUCGUUGCGUUUUCGGGAUCAAACGCAGGUAGCGUAUUUCAAUUGUUCUAAUCCAAUUAAAGAUCAUAUGUAUGUUAACGUGGACAUGAGCUGUUGUAACAUACAUGGGAAUAGUAGUACUAAUCAUGUAUAUGCAGUUUUGGAACAAUCAUCAUCAUUCUCCAGGUAUAGUUUUGGGGAUAUUAAGGUUGGGUGUGAUUUUAUGGUGGCUACGUUGGGUAGGCCAUUGUUGAAGAUUGAAGUGAAAGAGAAGAUUUCUUAUGAUGUGAUUCAUGGGAUGAUAAUUGAUGGAUUUGAGCUUUCAUGGUUGCCUGUGAUUUGUGAAGAUAGAUGUGGAAAGGAGACAAGUUGUGAGGUUGUUGAUGAAGAUAGUGGAGAAGUUCAAUGUGAUAAGCGAUUCUGUCAUUAUGUAUACCAAACAACCGAAAAAUGUGGACUUCAGGACCAGAUAUUUGGUUAUGCUCGUGGUUAUCUUAGAGGCAUUUUUAUUGGACUUAGAAGUAGAAUCACAUUUAGCACAAGACAAUUGGACAAUCCUGUUGGACUAGAAUACUUUGAUCUAGGAAUAGUCAUAGGAAGAAAUGUUAUACCUUUAUUCUUAGCAACCAGAUUUAUAUUUGGAGUUAUAGCUCUACUUGUGCUGUUUAUCUACAAAUGGAAAAGAAGACAUUUAUCGAUGUAUGACAACAUUGAAAACUUUUUGCUAGAGAGCAAUCUAAACCCUAUUAGGUAUGAAUACAAAGAAAUCAAGAAGAUGACUGCAGGUUUAAGAGUGAAAUUAGGACAAGGAGGUUUUGGUGCUGUCUACAAAGGAAAGCUAAGAAGUGGACCGGAUGUUGCAAUUAAGAUGUUGACAAAAUCCAAUGUUAAUAAUGGACAAGAUUUUAUUAACGAAGUUGCGACCAUUGGAAGAAUACAUCAUGUUAAUGUAGUUCGUCUUGUUGGAUACUGUGUUGAAGGGAAAAAGAGUGCAUUGGUUUACGAGUUCAUGCCAAAUGGAUCGUUGGAUAAAUACAUUUUCCCUAAAGAAGGAAUUAACGCUUUGAGUUAUGAGAAAACAUAUGAAAUAUCUCUCGGAAUAGCUCGUGGGAUAGAAUAUCUGCAUCAAGGAUGUGAUAUGCAAAUUCUACAUUUUGAUAUCAAGCCUCAUAAUAUUCUUCUAGACGAAGAGUUUGUUCCAAAGGUUUCGGAUUUUGGACUUGCAAAGCUAUAUCCUGUGAACGAUAGCAUUGUUACCUUAACUGCGGCAAGAGGAACUUUGGGUUACAUGGCUCCUGAACUGUUCUACAAAAAUAUUGGUGGAGUGUCUUACAAGGCUGAUGUAUAUAGCUUUGGAAUGCUUUUGAUGGAAAUGGCAGGUAAAAGGAAGAAUUCGAAUCCUAAUGCAGAGCAUUCAAGUCAGCAUUACUUCCCGUUUUGGAUCUACGAUCAAUUUAAAGAAGAGAGAGAUAUUGAAAUAAUGGAAGAUGUCUCUGAAGAGGAAAUGGCAGUAGCUAAAAAGAUGUUCAUGGUUGCAUUUUGGUGUAUUCAGUUGAAACCGAGUGAUCGUCCUACAAUGAACAAAGUAGUUGAGAUGCUUGAAGGGAAAACUGAAAGCCUUGAAUUUCCCCCAAGACCUUCUUUUUAUCCAAAUGAAAAUUAUAAAUAUCAUGAUGAAAUCAACUCUGACCGAACAUCAUGGGGUGCUUCCACUAGUUAUUCAUCAGAUAAUUGCUCUUGACAAACACAGACCAUGUCAGUAGAACUUUGAUGCUGUUUAAGUGUGUGAAAGUUUCUGGUUUGAAACUAUGAAUUGUUUAGAUCAUGGUAACCUUUGAUUCCAUCCAAUGGCAAAGAAAUAAGGCUUUGUUGCAAUUUUUC